GUCACGGGCGAGCGAACCGAAAAGAUCCACCUCUCUACUCCGCUCCGCCCCACCGCGCGCUCCCCGCCACUCCCUCCUGACACCUCUCGCGCCGGCCUGGGCCUGGAGCCUCCGUCUCCGGCCACGAUGCCCGCCGCCGCGUGUCCCGCGUCCGCCUGCAUCCUCCUCACGCUCCCUUCCCCUCCUCGCCGCCCACCGCUCGCCUCCGCACGUACGCCCGCCCCCACCCGCCGCGGCGGCCUCUCCAUCCGCCUCGCGGCCGCGCGCCGCGAGGCGCCGCCGCCCUCCCCCGCCGACGCGGUCGAUUGCGUCGGCACGGGCGCGGACGUCGAGUGCUUCGUCGACCCUGGCGCCGAGGCGCCCCUCCUUCCACGCUCCCCAGUCGCGGAGGAGCGGGAGGGGAAGGGGGGAGAGGAGGAGGUCUCUCCCGCGGCGUUCGCGGGCGGGGAGCUCUGGGAGUGGGCGUCCCUGGUGUCGCCCUUCUUCUUCUGGGGCACGGCCAUGGUGGCCAUGAAGGGGGUCAUCCCCCGCACGGGUCCCUUCUUCGUCGCCGCGCUGCGGCUGCUCCCCGCGGGCGCGCUCCUCGUCGCCUUUGCCGCCGCGCGCGGAAGGAAGCAGCCCUCCGGGUGGGCUGCCUGGCUCGCCGUCGCCGCCUUCGGGUUCGUCGACGCCGCCUGCUUCCAGGGGUUUCUAGCGGAGGGCUUGCAGAAGACAUCGGCCGGGCUCGGGAGCGUCAUCAUUGACUCGCAGCCAUUGACGGUUGCUAUCCUCGCAUCACUGCUCUUUGGAGAGUCUAUCGGCGCAAUAGGAGUUGGAGGGCUCGUGCUGGGUGUUGUUGGGCUUUUGCUUCUCGAGGUUCCAACACUCUCAGUUGAAGGAAAUGACACGACAAUCUGGGGAAGUGGGGAAUGGUGGAUGUUACUCUCAGCUCAAAGCAUGGCAGUUGGAACUAUUAUGGUCCGCUGGGUGUCGAAGUAUUCAGAUCCAAUCAUGGCAACAGGAUGGCACAUGAUAAUAGGUGGGCUUCCAUUGCUGGUUAUAUCUGUUCUUAACCAUGAUCCUGCUCUGAAUGGACAUUUUCAAGAUCUUACAUGGAGCGAUAUUUUAGCACUUGGCUAUACAUCUAUAUUUGGCAGUGCGGUCAGCUAUGGUGUGUACUUCUACAAUGCUACUAGAGGUAGCUUGACCACACUUAGUUCUCUUACUUUCUUAACUCCCAUGUUUGCAUGCAUUUUUGGGUACCUCUACCUGGGGGAGUCCUUCUCACCUGUACAGAUUGGUGGUGCACUUCUCACACUGGUUGCCAUCUACAUGGUUAACUACAAAAGCAUUGUAGGUGAGAAGUAAGAGGCUAUCACAUAUCUGUGCGAUGUCUAUCACACGCGGGCGCUGCACGCAGCACCUGUAACUACUCAUUGGAACCAGACAGGAAUCUGAAGAUGAAGGGCUUGUGAGUAGCGAAGGCCCGUACAAUUUAUACAGAUUGGAGAGAUGCCCACUCCUCCAGGUUGAGACUGAAAUGGUGAUACAAAUUGGACCAAACAAGUUGUGUCAGCUCCUUCAACAUGAUUAGAUUGGGAAGCUAGGUUAUCGCACGCUGCUGAAUUUCACAUGGCAAAGCAAUCAUCUUUUUCUCUGUCUGCACAUUGCACGCUUAUGUGGAGAUGAAAAGUAAAAAAAUGAUCGUAUGCCAUCGUCAGAUGAUUCACCCUGUAGGUACUGUACGUUAUCAGCUAGGGGGGGGGGGGUGGGGGGUGGAAUUGCCCCGUUGUACACAUAGUUGAAAGCACGAAAAUAGUUGAUGGAAGGAAGGAAGGCACUUGUAUAUCAGUAUAUGUUUAGUUGUGAUCUGUUGUCUAUCAGCAUAGUUGAGGAGCUUUCUUUCCCUGGUGGAUACGAAGCUAAUCUUUUGAGCGAAAGAAACUGUAAAAGCUAUCUUA